AGACAUUUCUUGGGAAGGCUUCUACGAUUCAAAAUCUCAACAGAAGUAUGUUUGAAAAUGGUGAAACGGAAGCACCAGCCUGCAGUCCACCAACAAGAGCAAUGUGAUGUUUGGCUGAGUACAGCACAGAAAAAAGAACAAACACCUGCAGCAAAGAGACAGAGAGUGUUCAGACCGAUGACAAACAUCGCUGAUGUUGUUUUAUCAUCUCAGCCAAUCAAAGUAGGGACCAAGCAAACAGACAUCAAGAACUUCUUUGCGCCGAAAUCAGCAGGUCAAGAGAAUGUUGCUCCUAAGGCUUCAUCAUCAUCUCAAAGUAUUGCCAAACAGACCAAGUCAUCUAAGAAUAAAAGGACAGAACCUCCACUUCAUCGAGCAGGAGGACCCUCAGGAUCUCAUAGGAGUCACAAGGGUGAAGAGAACAAAUCUCCAAGUGCAAUAUCUAGGAUUCAUUCUUCCAAUCAUUUGAAUAGUAAUGAAACCAAUUUGAUUCCGAGAGCGGAUAAAAGUGGUACAAAUGAAAUGACUCUCCUUCACGAUACCCAAGACACUGAUACAUCUUCUUCACAAGAGUUAGAUACUGAUGAAUUGUGUCAUAUUUCUCAUGGUAGUCAUAGAGUAUCCAGCGAGGAUGAGGAAACAGAAGACAUUACUUUUACAAUGGGAACUCAGGGUUGCUUGAAGGUGAAAGAGCCAAAGACAAGAGGACAUAUUAACUACACUGCUCUUGAUACGCAAGAAUGCUCGAAGACUGUUGUGGAACACUCUGACCAUGUGGAUCUGGUGUCCACCAAACCUCUUGAUUCUGAUUCAUCACAUUCCAUGAAGGAUGUGAACUUCUCAUGUAGCAAUGGCUUUCAAAGGUAUCAGGAUGUUCCUAAAUUUGAAUUUAGUCAUGGUGACUUGGAGGAAAGGGAAGGGUCAGAUAAUAUCACUUUUACCAUGGGGUCUCAAGGAUGCUUGAAAGUCAAGCAAUCAAGGACAAAAAGACAUAUUGGUCAUGAUAUCAAUAUUACCCAAGAUUGCUUCACUGCUGCUAUGACCAAUUCUGAACUGUCUCCCAACUUACUGGAUGACACUCCGAACUCGCUAUAUUCCAAGAGUAUUCCGAAAACACUAGCAGAUGCUGAAAAUACUUCAUCACUUCUUACUGAAUUCAGAAACAUAGUAACAAAAGAUCUCAAACCUGCUAUGGAUACCCAGGUUUGUUUAGAAUGGAUACAAUCCAAGCAGGAGAUAGGCAUUGGUCGUGAUGAUACCCUUGAUUCAGAAGAUCAAAAGAGUCAAAGGUUAGAUAUAACCCCAUCAGAAGAUUUAGCUUUCACUAUGGGUUCACAAGGUUGUCUUAAAGUCAGAGAUCGCAGUGGCCGUAGGACCAAUACUUCACCACCGCAGAAUUCAAUGCCAGACACUGAUUUGACAGUUGGUUCUGAAGGUCACCUGGGAGUCGGAGAUAGCCAGAAUUCAGACAUUAUACCAUCAGAGGAUUCAUCCCAAGAGGUAGAAUUCACCGUAGACUCUCUAGGAUGUCAAAAGGUCAGAGGUCACAGGAAUGAAAGGUCAGUUUAUAUUAUGCCUUCAGAAAACUUGUCAGAAGAUGUGCAUGUAGGUUUCAAAGUGGGUUCACAAAGUUGUUCAAAUGUCAGGAAUGAGAAAGGUCAUAGGUCAUAUAUAUUGUCUGAGGACUCAUCAGAGGAUGUCACUUUCACAUCAAGUUCAAAAGGUCAACAAGUCAAGGGUAAAAAGGAUCAGGGCUCAGAUAUAUUGUCUGAGGACUUGUCACAAGAAUUAGCUUUCACAGUGGGUUCCCAAGGUUGCCUCAAAGUCAGAGCUAGUAAAGUUCAUCUGUCAAAUACCACAGUAUCAGAGGACUCAGAAGAUAUUUCUUUGUCAAUGGUAUCACAAGGUAGUCUAAAAGACAUGGGCAGCAAAGGUCAUAGGUCAAUAAUAUCAUCUGAGGAAUCACAGGAAGAGGUAAAUUUCACAAUGGGUUCUCAGGGUUGUCUAAGGGUGCGAGAAAGUAAGAGUCAUAUUCAUAGGCCAAUAAUCGCAAAUGACUCAUCAAAAGAUAUGGUUUUUACAAUGACUUCACAGGGUCAAAAGGUCAUUGAUAACAAGGGGCAUACAUGUAGGUCAUAUAUAUCGACUGAUGACUCAUCAGAAGACUCUGCUUUUACUAUGGGUUCACAAGAUAUCAAAGAUACUAAAGGCCAUAUGUUAGAUAUGUCACCAGAUGACUCAUCAGAAGAGGUGGCUUUCACAAUGGAUUCUCAAGGUUGUCUAAAGGUCAGAGAUUGCAAGGGUCAUAGGUCAAAGAUCGUGACCUCUCCCAAGCAAUUAUUAUUGAAUGAUUCUUUGCAACAUAUCACAAGGGAAGGAGGGGAUGAUGAAGACGAGAGUGAAGAUGAUGAGUUUUCACAAACACAAGACUGGUGAACAAAAGCAUCCCGCCAACAGUCAAAGCUGCGUCUUUCCUGCAGGAAUCUAGCAAGCACCUUUCCAUUGCUAAUCAUAUUUCACCAUAGAGAAGACAAUUGUAUUACUAAUGGGGAAUGUAGAAAUGUGGAGGCGAAAGAUGCUUGCCUUAGUGACUUUAGAGUAGGAUUCAUGCUCAACACGUGGCACAGAGUUGGUAAAGUGAAUAUGUGAGUGCUGAAUGAAUAAGAGACUCUAUUGCAAUCCUCGGGCAUUGAUGUAAUAUUUAAAUACAUAUGGGGUACUUUAUAUGGGUCUAAAGACUAAACAACAUGACAUUUUUAUUUUUAAUGUAUGUUUACUGCCAUACUAUUAGUGAUUUUUUUAAAUAGAAAAUGAGCAGAUGCAAAGAUUUUAUGUUUUGAAAAUCAUUAAACAUACAGGACACAUUCGUUUUAAAUUCUGAUGAAGAAGCAAUGUUUAAAUCUAAACAAUUCUAUUUAUAGAAAUAAAUGUCACCUCUUUAAGUAUUUAAAACCCAUUUGCUGUCACAUCAUUGAUAAGCUUGUUUAAACCUUAAUGUUAUAAGUAUUAUAUUAUAAAUGUACACGGUGUAUUGAUGAUAAUUAUAAAAAGGAGAUCCAACUUUCAAGAAUGCCCAGUUAAUAAUAUAGUACUAUACUCAUAUCACUUGAAAUUGUUCCAAAUUCUUAAGAUACACUGUAUGUACCUUAAUUCAGAUUCUGUGACCAGGCAUAACACAAUUGUUCUUUAAAAAGUAGUAACAUAUUAUAUACAGGCGGUGCACUUCACUGCACAUUGAAAAGAUAAUUUGCGAGAAUGUGCCAAUGAGAAACACAUUAAUUUUUAAUUGCAUUUGCUCAAAUUCCAACAUUACUUGUACUUACUAAAAAAGAAGUUGUUUUACAAUGUAUGCAGGGAUACCAUACUUCCAGAAAUUCAGGAUUUUCCAGAAAAGGGGGAA